AUGUUGUGCUUUGCCGCUGCAGGGAAGGAGACCUGCCGGAUGGCAGCGGGCCGGGCCGCAGGACGGGGCCUCAGGCCCGGCGGUGAAACAGGAGGAGGAGGAGCGGGCUCCCCGCUGCCCCAGGGCUUGCCCCGCAGCGCCGAGCCCUCGCCCCGGGGAGGUGGAGCAGCCGGGCCCCACGGGGGCUGCAGCAAGAAAAGCAGCCAGGUACUGGCGGGGGCCAGCAAGAAGAAGACCCGCACCAUCUUCUCCAAGAGCCAGGUCUUCCAGCUGGAGUCCGCCUUCGACAGGAAGCGCUACCUGAGCAGCGCCGAGCGGGCCGGCCUGGCCAGCGCCUUGCACCUCACCGAGACCCAGGUGAAGAUCUGGUUCCAGAACCGCAGGAAUAAGCUCAAGAGACAAAUGUCUGCGGACCUGGAGGGCCCCGCUCCGGGCCAGGCAGAGCCGCCUGGGGACCUGCUACCCCCGGGGGCGGCAGCUGCGGCUUCGCUCGCCUUCCCGACCCUGCCCAAAGACAGCACUUUCCUCCGUCGUCCUUUGCUGCCGCUGUCCUUCCCCCUGCUCUAUCCGGGCAGCGCCGUCCCCUACCUGUGUUUCCCAAACCCGGGCAAAUAUUUCAGCCUUGUGGAUGGGGAUGUAUAACCUCCCGUCCUGCUGCGCCCCCCCGCACCUGCAGCCGAACGGCCUUGUUCCAGUUACCGGUCUGCAUCUUCUGCCAGUGUUAUCUAUAGGCACAGCAUGGCCAUAGGAUCCCUUCACCCCGCUCUCUGGUGUGUCUUCCUGCGUUUGUUCCAGCCCGUAACUUAUUAAAAAGACGGGACAAAAACAAAGUCCCGGGCAAAGCUACUGCUUUUAACCAGGGAUGCAUUUAACUUGGAGCUCGGCACUCUCCCCGUAGACAUCUUUCUCACACCCUGUGCACCUGCGAAGGGGGUGGGUACCCACCUUGCUCUAUCGACACUUAAUAAAAGAGAAACGCUGUCGUUCAAAUGUUACCCAAAGGUAUACAAACACUCACAAUACUAUACCAAUAAAAAUAUAAAUCCAAGCAACGAUUAGCUGUGUUUGAUCCCACGCUGGCUUUCUCUUUCAGUUGAAAUGAUCAUUUGUCUCUAAAAUAUUGUCAGCGCUAAAAGGGUAUUUUUACAAAGGUCUUUUUUACAAUUCCAAUUUUUCUUGUUAGUAGAGGUACAGUUGUUGAGAACCAAAGAAAAUGGGACGUGAAUUGUGGAGGCCAUUCAUUUGAUCUAUCUAUCUAUCUAUCUAUCUAUCUAUCUAUCUAUCUAUCUAUCUAUCUAUCUAUCUAUCUAUCUAUCUAUCUCAGUAGCAAAUGCUAUGUCCUGCAUCACACUGAA